ACGAAUGAAGAAAGUUUCGGACAACACGCUGCAGACAAGAACAACCAAUUACGAUAAGACUUAUAAGCGAUGGAAUUGUACUGACACAAAAUAUAGAAUACUGCAGUUUCAUUAACUUUCCAUGUGAAUGGUAUACGCUUCUACAGUGCAAAACCGCAAGGCGCCGAAACCCCGGCCAGAUGCAAUAUAAUGGUAAUUGUUGUUAUGCAAUAAUUAGCUUCCGGCGCCGCCAAAGCGCUGUCCAGAUAACUUACAUUUUUUGAAUUAUUAUUUUGUUAUACUCGCACAUAUUUUUUCCUGCAUCGGAAAAGGAGCGUUAAUUACCAACCGAUUGUCACAUAUGAGUCACCGCCUCCGAAGCUAUUGAAGCUGAUGCAACUUCAUGGAAGAUAUGCACAAGACAAGACUGCCAUAGAUAUUAAAGUCAAAUAUGUACUACGAGUAUGUUAUACGUGCAACCUUGAUACUGCGGUGAAAUCCAAGUAAUCGUUCCACAUUGAUUGCUAAUUUGCCACACCCAGGCACGGCGGAAAACACCUUUCCCGUGUAUUCCCUCCGUAUCCUUAUUUUUAAACUGCCCGCUGCCAAGAAUAACAUAAUCAUUAACAGCAUAUGUCACCAACAAAAUCCACAGCGUCAUGAGCCGGCCUCGUCGAGAGGCCUUCGGCGAGCAGCCGCUUUAACGUACCCGCGGUACCAGAAGAGAAUACGCUCUGCGGCAUAUUUCAGUUGAUGGCGAAAGCGUGAUUAACCUGAGUUUUUUGUUCGUUAUUUGCGAUCAUGGAUACAAAGAAAAAGAAGGAGCCUGGUGAUCUGCCGCCCCUGAAGAAAAGUGAUUCUCUUCUUGCUGAGCAUCUCAAAGGAUUAAAUGGCAAUCCCAAUGUUAUGACAGUGAGUUUGUUGGUGUCGACGCUGGUGGAGGAACUCUGCAGUUUCUACGAGCAUGAUGAACGGCGUGAUAUACUUUUUCGUGUGGUCUGCGACCAGCUUGUGGAGAUGUCGCUCCUCUCCCCUUUGGCGUACAUUGACGAGCUCGCAGCCGUGCGGGCUAGGUACCGGGAAACAUUUAUGCAGAUUCUCAAAAUGGGACAAGUGAUAGCUUCCGAGCAGGCGAAUAAAAUGAAAGCACUGGGUAUGCCGUUGUCCAAAAGCCCCGGUAACGGAUUCGCAUUGCGCAGUAUUUCCUCCGCAUUAAAUCAUCACGGACAAGGACCUGACCAUUUUGUUCUUAUGCCUUCGCGCUAUCAGGAGGAGUUUGAGGAGCUGAAUUUGAUCGGGCACGGCGGCUUUGGACGAGUAUAUCGAGCAAGAAAUCGAGUGGAUGGUCAGGAAUACGCAGUCAAGAAAAUUCGUUUGCCCAAGAAAAGUUCUCGCGAGAAUAUACUGAAAAUCUUUAGAGAGGUGAAAGUGUUGGCCGGAUUGCAUCACAAACAUGUCGUCGGUUAUAAUGCGGCUUGGUUGGAAAUGGAAGCAGAAAAUGAUUCAAUGCCGUCGAAAGCGGGCACUCCGAACCAGUCUCACUCAGAUCUGGAAAUAUCUGCGCAACACGCCCAGUUGGACUCACCGGCUUCCAAGUUGAAUGGUCACAAUCGUCGCCCUGCACCGAAUCCCAUCGACAUUCGCCGAGGCCCGAUCAUGAAUAUUACAGAGGACUCUGCUGAGGAAGACGGGAUUGUUUUUGCACGCGGUGAUUCGGAGCCUGAUUUGGCGCCGCUGGUGGUUAGUGGCGAUUCCGCCAUGGUGCCCCCAAGUGCGCCCGAUGAAAAGAAACGUCUCCGGAUGGUCGAUAAUACUGACUUUUCCACCCUGCAGUCCCAUUUGCCCACUUUUAAAUUCCAAGCCGCAACUUUGUCGCAGACACCCGUCACGCUUUUCAUACAAAUGGAGCUGUGUGGAAAGACGCUACGGGAUUGGUUAAGAGAGAGGAAUUCUCCCAAUGGUAUGGGAGAAAUGGACGAUGACACCGCGAAAGAUAGCGCGGUACUCGUUGAUGUUAUUGAGUGCAAUAAGAUUUUGAAGCAUAUUCUGAAAGGGAUUGAUUAUAUUCAUUCGAAAGGUUUAAUCCAUCGUGAUCUGAAGCCGCGUAACAUAUUUUUCCAUACGUGUGAUAAUCGUGUGAUGAUCGGAGAUUUUGGUUUGGCAAGAAAAGAUCUUCUGACUUCUAACGAUGAUGCUUUUUUCUCCCCGGUGCCAUCAUUAGGAUCAUUAGGACGCCGACUCAGUGCCGGUGUGGGAACUGUAACGUACGCCUCACCUGAGCAGUUGCAUGGAUCCGCUUACGAUAUUAAGUCGGAUAUGUUUAGCUUGGGCAUCGUGAUGUUCGAAAUCUUGUCCGUGUUUGCCACGGAAAUGGAACGUGCCAUUGCAUUGUCUGCUAUUAGGUCUGGCCGCUUGCCUCCCGAAUUCGUAAUCAAUUAUCCCGCUCAUGCAAAAGUGAUACAGUCAUUGUUACGGACGGAUGCUAGGACGCGACCAGAAGCACGCGAAAUCCUUACAUCAGAUCUGUUUCUUAACCGAGAUUUGAUUAUUCAGAAUCUUCAGCAGCAGGUCAACCAAUUGCAAGCAGCGCUGGCGGAGAAAAAUCUGCCCGGAAAUUCAGAAUAAUGUGAUUAAAAUUUGCAAGGAUUGUAGUACUGGCUUCUGUAACAUUACGACUGCUCCCGAUGUAAAAUAAUAAUUUGUUUGUCUUUCCAUAGUGUGGUGGCAAAUCCGUUGAUGAUAAAGCCUGUUUGUUUGGCUGCAAAGUGUGUUUGUUUUUGACAGUAUUUUCAUGUCUUUCGUAGCCUGUAGUGGUGCUCACAGGCUAGCAAAACAUGACUGUUGUUCUCGCAUUGACGUAAAAAAUCGUUGUCGAUUUAUUUUCGCUUUCCUGGCGUCGAGAGACCCAUGUUGAUUCUGGCAACAGAUGGGAUACAGAUGGCUCUGGCUCACCUAAAUGGCUGCUUAUGGGAUAUUAUUCCCAUUAAAAAAAAGCGGAAAAGA